UUCCAUAGUCACGUCGUCACGAAAAGACUACGCCGUUCUGGAAAAUAUCAGAGUGAGCUCGAAUGUACUAUGUUUCUCCCUCCUCUGCAUUUAAAUACCCGAUGUAUCCCCUCAUUCUUCGUCGGAGAAAUAGCAUCAAUCAAUUAUCCUCUUCGUGAUUAAGCAAGAAUACCAUCAGGGCAUUUUCUGCUCUCGCUUCCAAUUUUGAAGCUCUACAGUUAGAAGAUGUCGUUGAUCCCAAGUUUCUUUGGCGGCCGAAGGAGCAACGUUUUUGAUCCCUUCUCUAUCGACGUCUGGGAUCCCUUCAAGGACUUUCCCUCCACCUCUGCUCUCUCAACUUUUUCUCGCGAAAAUUCUGCAUUCGUCGGAACUCGGAUUGACUGGAAGGAGACGCCGGAAGCACACGUGUUCAAGGCCGAUCUUCCAGGGCUGAAGAAGGACGAGGUCAAGGUUGAGAUUGAAGACGACAGGGUGCUUCAGAUCAGCGGAGAGAGGAACGUGGAGAAAGAAGACAAGAACGACAAGUGGCACCGCGUGGAGCGUAGCAGCGGCAAGUUCUUGAGGAGAUUCAGGCUGCCGGAGAACGCCAAGAUGGAUCAAGUGAAGGCAUCCAUGGAGAAUGGUGUUCUCACUGUCACUGUCCCCAAGGAACAAGUUAAGAAACCUGACGUUAAAGCCAUUGAGAUCUCUGGUUGAGUAGAAUGCAUGACAAUUCUAUGCUUUCAUUCUGGGUCUAUAUACAUCUCAGUUUUCGUUGUGAAAGAAAAUGUUAGCGUCUGUUUUAGUAAAGCAAAGGUGUUCCUGUAAAUUAACGUGUGUUUUGGUGAGUGUGGUUUUGUGAUGUGAAUAAAAUAGAAGUUCAUUUUCCUUCGUUAA